UCAGAGAAGACGGCUGCUUCGAAUGAUGGCGCUUGCGAACCAACAAUACACGCUGGUAGGCUUCACGGAAGAUUUAGACUGGAAUCCUCUUCAAUUUGUGAAGCCCCUUCCUAGAAAUAAGCUGUGCAGUGUAUGCGGACUCGUACGCAAGACAACCGCGAAUCUCCCUUGCGGCCAUGUAGCAUGUUGUGUCUGCCUCGAACAGUGCAAAACGGCCGACGGGUACGCCUGUCCGAUUGACGGUGAAAACUGCCUGGAAGAGCACGUUGACUGGAGAGACUUCCCUACUGAAAACCUGCUGAAAAGAGAGGUUAAAUGCUGGAACCAACGACUCGGUUGCCCACUUAUGAUGGCUGCCUCAGACGUUCACAAGCACUUUCACCGAGAAUGCGAAUACCACUGUACAUUCUGCCCAAGAUGCUCAGCGGUGGUCUUAUGCCGUGACAUGGGCGAACAUUUGAGAGCUUCAUGCAACGCCCAUGCAGCACCUCAAGAAACGGAGUGCGUGGAAAAGUUAAGCGACACUAUUGAGAAAGUAAUAUCGACAGUUGUCAGGAGUGUAGUGCAAGAGCAGGCAGGUGAAAUGAAGGCGCUUCUACAGCAAGUAGUUAGAGACAAUGGCGCGGUUAAUGACAGUCUCACUGAGGUUUGUCAAAGUGUUAACGUCCUCAAGGAAUCAGUGAAACGAGAAAUUGCUGGCGAGGUCUCCAAACAAACAAGAGAAGUCUGCCAAUGUGUGAACUCCCUGAAGGAAACAUUGAGCAAAGGUAUAGCGCCUGUAGGACAAAUUAGUGAAGUGACACAUCGCGUGUUAGACGGCAUUAACACACUACAUGGAACGCUUAACAGUGAAAUGGCUGACAUAAAAAAGCAAAACGCCGAAGAGCUUCCUCGAGUUCGAGCUGCAAUCGAAAGCGUGAAAGAAGAUGCAGGAGCAAGCAUGAAGACGAUUCUGGAGAUACAGAAGAAAGCACUAGCAUACGCUGAAAAAAAUGAAGGGCGUUGUGAAUUUUUUGUUUCAGGAAUAGAGUCGCUUGAAGCCGAGGCAUUGAAAGAUGACUUUCCCAGUUAUUACUAUGAGAAGGUCUACCUUCGUGGUUACAGCAUAUCUCCCGGUGUUCAGCUUAGCCGGAAUGGGAAAUGUGUGUUCCUUAGUCCAUUGUUUACGCUUCACAGGGGCGAGCACGACGAUGUGAUUCUGUGGCCAUUUCAGCAUAAAAUGAAGUUUGCUAUUCUGCACCCUUUCAAAAACGCUCAAAAAGAAGAAAUUCUUCAGACAAACCGUACUUUUGUAAAUAAUGACAAGCGAACAUAUUCAAGAAUUAUGCCUUUUGGCUUCACAGAUCGUUUUAAAUUAGAAGAACUGAAAGCUGACGGCUACGUGUGCAACGACAAGCUGCGUGUCGUAGUGGAGCUUCUUUAAUCAUCGCAGUACUGGACGUAUAUUAAGUGCACUUACAACGUGCAGGUGGUGCCUGAAGACGCCCGUUAAAACUUGUGCACUGCUCUACAUAUGGGCGCUGAAAAAUCACAAAAAAAAACAGCACUUUCAUCUUUUCAAAGCUGGAAAAAAGGAUUCGAAGUAACGCGUUGUUUUUCGAUAUACGUUUUUCUUUAAUAUUAGGUACAAGCAGACGAUCGAGCUGAAAAGGAAAAUUACACAGAGCAAGACAGGUUAGCAUUAGCCGUUACCACGUGAUACCCUCAGCGGCGGUUAUCUUCUGCGCAUGUUCGCUACUUGAUUGACUCGAUUACUUCCAAGUAAAUAAAGAACACGUAUUUACUGUUUAAA